CAGAAAUUUAGCCAAAGUCGUGCUCACCUGGCGGGUCUCUAAAGUCUACGAUUCUGUGCUUUGGUGUGCGAGGUCAUGCGCGGACUCUGACUGCCUGUGUACGUCUGCGGUGCGACUUGCAUCCUCGGAGCUAUCGUCUUUCUUGCUACGGACGUCGACCGUGGAGUCAGCACAGAUUCGGGAGACAUGGCCGGCUUUCGUUUCCGAGAUGCUGCAGCGCGCUCUGCCGGACAGCAAACACACGCGUUUACCGGAUGCCUCACCAUGGAUCUAAAGUCGCUCCUCUUUGUACUUCUGGUCGGAGCGUCCAUGGACGUUGCGCUGGCCGCGACCACGCCCCUGGCAGCCGUGUUCGACUCGGCCGGUGUACGCGGCAGCCUCGACGUGGAGCCCCUGGCGGCCGCGGCGCACGGCGUCUCGGUGCGCGCCUCGCUGGUGGGCGGCCAGCCGCGCGAGACGUUCCGCUGGGCGGUGCACCGGCUGCCGCCCCGGCACGACUCCUGCGCGCCGUGCGCCUACGACUGGAUCGGCGAGCCGAUCCAGGACCUGACCGACGAGUUCGGCCAACUGACCUCGGAGCAGGAGACGCGUCUUGCGACCAAGACGCAGUUCCCCGUGGAGCCCCGGCAAUGGGCAGGCCGCGCCCUGGUGCUUCACAGCGUCCAGACGGGCCGCACGGCGUGCGCCGCGCUGCAGCCGCCGGUCGCCCCGGUCACUACGUACGCCGCUCGCUUCGCGGGGCCGCCCAUAGCCGGCACGCUCUUCGUGCGCCGGUGGCCCAGCUUCGGCACCGCCUACGCCGAGUUGCACUGGACCAACGGAACGCGCCGUGACGCCCAGGUGCGGUGGUCCAUUCAUAAAAGGAAGAAGGACAAGCCAACACGUCUUCAGCAGCCGCCUCCAGGAACUUCGGCCGCAAACCUCACGCACGUAACGCCUCCAAACGUCCCUAAGCCGCCUACGGUCGUGCCCUGUUACACUCCUCCAGACUCGUGUUCCCAGGUCAGCGUGGGCAAGCGGCCGGGAAAUGCGGCAACGAGGACAUACCACGUGUUAGAGGGCGUCCCUCCUGCUCUCGAUACAUGCGGUGGAGGCGACAGCGCGUCGGCGAGUGAACUGAUAGCAACCCUGGAGGACGUGGCAACGGGACAACCAAUGGCCGCGGCAGUGCUGUACGAGUGGAGGUCGCGGCACGCGGUGGCCGACUUAGGACCGCGCCACGGAAAGGCCAUCUUCCACCAGCCGUCGCCGUUCGAGCCGACGCUGUCCAUCGUGCAGUUGGAGAAUCUUGACUACGUCGCGUCAAAGGUGCUCGUUGGACCAAUUUCCAUUGGCACCGCGGACAGACAGUGCCCGGAACCGGCCGCGCCCUACAACCCGGCUAAGGUCGAGCGCACGGCGAGUCCACCGGAGGGCCACGGCACGACCGACCAGUUCCCCGUGGGCGACCUGAGCGGCAAGUACGGUCCGGUGGCGGGACACCGCGCCGUCUACUGGCAUCUGCUCGACCCGACGCUUCCUCUGUCGGGGCACGAGAGCGUCGUGGGCCGCAUGCUGCUUGUGCGCGGUUCGGACGGCCGGCCCCUGGUGUGCGCCAACCUGCUGCCGGUGUCCGCCAGGCCCCUGACGCGAGUACGGGCUACGCUUGAAGGACCACUCAGGGGUUCUGUCACCAUUACGCGCAACGACCACGCCGAGGACCCGCUGGGCGACGCGUACGUGGACCUGGGACUGUGCUGGCAGGACGGCCGCAACGGCAGCCUGGACCACAAUUGGCACCUGCACUCCGUGCCGCUGGCGCCGGGCUCGUUCGACUGCGCAGCCACCAAGGGCCACUACAACCCGCACCACGUGGACACGGGGCCAGCUUACGGCUGCGAGUGCUCGGCCCAAGCGCCGCUACGGUGCGAAGCCGGUGACCUAGCCGGGCGCCAGGGCGCCGUCUCCAUACCGGACUGUCGCGCGGGGCUCGCCAGGUACCACUUUUCAGACUCGCACGUCGCACUGUCUGGCCCAACGAGUGUCAUUGGGCUUCCAGUUGUAUUUCACGAGUCACACUUCAGGAUGCCUCGUGUUGCCUGUGCAAACCUUAAGCCCCUAUAGAAUGUCUUGCUAUAAAACUUGCUAUAGAAAAGAAAGGUUGCAUUAAAUAGCUUCGUAGCACGA